UCGGCAUGCGGCAUAACUCGAUAUUGGGUGUCCAAGAUAUUUAAUUGAGUGACGUAUCUUUGUAUUGAAUAGCUUUCCUUCUUUUAUGAAGUGACACAAAACAUUAUAUAUUCACAAAAGAUAGGGUAUUAAGUCCCUUCUACAAAACCUUUAAACUCACCUUGACCAUAGGUUAGGAAAUAAAACGGUGAAACGGAAAGAAAAAAAAAAUUGCAACUGAUUACGAAAACCUAUAGAUUCCCUUUUAUAAUGAACUUUCUGCAGCUUGUGGAAUGUGCUGAAUGAAAGGAAUGUUUCUCGGAUGUCUAAAUUAAACACUGAAACAUGAUUCCAGUGAAGUGGUCCAAAAUGCUCCAAUGACGAUAUUUCCGAGACAGCAAGGUAAUCGUAUACAGACACCAUAACUACAUACGAAAAACAUGGCGGGGGCUGAAAGAUCUCUAAUGAAAGGAGAGGAUGAUCCAACAUUUGUUUGGGAAAAGCAGCCAAAAAAGUUACUCGAGAUUUUAAAAGAGGACAGACUUCCGGUUGUGGUCAGGUUAAGUACAGAGAAUGUCUUGUCUUCAGAAAAAAAUUCAGCAAGAGAUGUCCACAAACCUCUGCUCUUGUACAAGGAAGUGAAGGGUCGUAAGAUUUACGGCAAAAACGUCACUUCCGUAGACGUAUUGACAGGCGCCGUCUGCCGAGAAGAUGGUCCAGUGGUAGUUAUCCCAGAAAAGUAUCCUGGUUGGUUUCGUCUCAUUGACGACCUGGAUAAACCACUGACAACUGUCGCCAAUGUUGCUCGAAUCAUGCCAGUUCGAUUUCUAUGUUGUAAACCUGUAUCCGGGUUCUUGAACAUCCAGAAAGGCAGCAAAAGUAAUCCAGAUGGAUUAUAUGAAAAACUGACAAUUAACCCUGGAGUUUACAAUGUACUGAAUAUACACGAAGACUUUGUCAGAUAUAUUGAUAAAAAGAAGACAGUUAAAAAUCUGAUGCGAUGUUUGAAGUGUUCUGACAACGAGGGAACGGAAUUUCUUCUUCCGUUUGAAUCCACUGGGUUUUUCUAUCUUAUUGAGUCACGGAAAACAACGUCUAAACGGCUUAACGCAGAGAGGUGUGGCUACGUUUAUUCUAUACACAGUAUGAUGGAAGCUGGAUUGUCAAAGGAUGUCAUACUAAGCCUAAUGCAUGGGAGACCCCCGGCUACCCCAUGUGGAUUUACAAGUGUGCUUAAGAUAUGUGACAUUAUUAAGGACCAUACAAUAGUAGCAUCUACCCUCUCAAGUACUCCUAAGUUACUGGAACUUCCUAUUGGACCGACACCCAAAUUCGUCAAGGCAACAAACUUGGACGAAGUACAGAAUCAUCCAGUGUUUCAGAAAGUCCAGAAUUAUUUAGCUGAAAAUGCUGAUACCUACGCGAACGAGAUGAAGGUCCGCCAUAACUAUAAUAUCCAGUCCACCAGAGAAGGCCCGGGGGUACCCAGACUCGCAGUGCCUCAGAAUGGCGCGAAAACACCGAAGCCAAAACAAACCUAAUCUACUAGAAUUGUAGUUGUUUAAAAAAAGAAGGUACCGUUUUAAAUCGUCCUACUGUCUCCCAAUAUAGAUGAAAGUGUAUGUUACGUUUUCGGAAAACAUUGUGGUAACCAGUCAGUCCAAUUAAACUCUGUGCAAAAUACAUGAAUAUCUUUGAGAAAAUAAAUCAAUGUAUUGAUAAGCGAUUACGAACUUGAAGUUCUUGGGGAAAACUAAAAGCUA